UAACCCUUACCAAAACAAUUGUUCAGAUGAGCAACGCCAAGUUUAAAGAAAGGAAAUAAAAUGUCUCAAGAACUGUCGUUCUGUUUGUGUUCAAUAACUGAGAUUUGAAAGGUCUGAUUCUACGUUCUCUCCACUAGAUCCUUGGCUUCAUUUAGACUUGUGCUUAAUUUUGUCAUUGACUAUUGAGUCUACGAUCACUCUUUGGAGUAAAAUAGUCCAAAUAGUAAUAAUGAAAAUGGUGAGACCAGUAAUUCAUUUACUAUUAUUCUAUAUUCAGUAAGAAUCAACCUGUAUCUAAUAGCUGAAAAGGCCUGAAGCCUCCCAAAUGCAUGUCAUUACACAAAUUCUGUGUGAGGACUGACAUCUUGGUUCCAUAUACUAAUUAUACUGCAUGGCCCCCAUUUAUAACCAUAUCUACUUGUCAUAAUUCGAUCCUGGCUGCUGCCCAUGGAUGCUAUCUUUAUCACAUUAUAGCAAACAUUUGGGUGAUUAAGUUUUUCUCAAAAAUUCUAGAAUAGCAUACAACGGCUUUACUACUUAUUACGUCAUCUAAGGGUUUUUAAAAAUUAGUUACCACUCCGCCCACGCAGUGAGGUAGCAAAUAUUAUGCCAUUUCAAGCGUGUGCCUUUCCCCCCUCGGGACUUCCCGUGGACAUCCUUGCAGCAGUGAGGCUGAGUCCUGGCUUUGGGUGCAUGUUAAGAAAUACUAAUCAAAAGGAAAAGGGUGCCUUUCAAGAGAAAAAAAAUUGUGGGAACUUCAACCUUUAAAAACCAUGCCAUGGUUUAAAAACGUAACUAGGAGAAGCUUGAAUGUCUUUAAAUUCACCGGUCUGUAAAACGUAACGCGUCUCUCCCUCACCCCACAUUAUAACUUUCCAAAAAGCGGAAGAAGGGGCUCCGGGGGUCCCGGCCCCAGGAAUGCUGGGGCUGACAGCAGGACUCGGCCUCCGUCCGACUCGAGGGUAUCGCGAAAGCCGGGAGGGAACAAAAGUUACCCUCGAACUUCGGGGGCAAAAGAGUCCAUGUGGACCUUAAAAAGGGCAAAACCUACCCUAAAGGCCGUAAACCGCCCUCCCCUCCCCCCGCCAGAGAACUUCCCGGCGCAGAGCUUCCGCAGCCUGCCGCAAGCCGGGAGGCCUUCACGCUCACGCGCUCUCCGCCACACGCCGGAACUGCGCGGUCACGUCCGCGGGGACCCUGGCCAUGCCCCGCGCCGCCACCCGGCCCCAGGCGAUCUCCUGGCCCCACGCGCCUGCAGUCGGCGCUGCUUCUGCGUGGGAGGAUCCGGCGGAAGGGGCGGGGUCAGCCGGCACUUCCGUGACUUCGGGCGGGGAGGUCACAAAUCACGUUGAGCCAAAACGCAUACAGUGUUUUCUUCAGUUACAAAUAAAAUGAAUAUGCCCAUGCUGCUACCACAUCCUCACCAGCAUUUCCUAAAAGGUCUUUUAAGAGCACCUUUCCGAUGUUACCACUUCAUCUUUCACUCAAGUACUCAUCUCGGAUCAGGAAUCCAAUGUGCUCAGCCGUUUAAUUCUCUUGGACUCCAUUGUACAAAGUGGAUGCUGCUGUCAAAUGGUUUAAAGAGAAAAUUAUGUGUACAAACAACCUUAAAGGACCACACAGAAGGACUUUCUGAUAAAGAGCAAAGAUUUGUGGAUAAACUUUAUAGUGGUUUAAUCCAAGGGCAAAGGGCCUGUUUAGCAGAGGCCAUAACUCUUGUAGAAUCAACUCAUAGCAGGAAAAAGGAGUUAGCCCAGGUGCUUCUUCAGAAAGUAUUACUUUACCACAGAGAACAAGAACAAUCAAAUAGAGGAAAACCACUAGCAUUUCGAGUAGAAUUCAGUUUAUAUUCUUUGAGUUACGAGUGAUAUGAAGAAAAAAGAUGAUCCCUUAUAAAUAGAGAAUUGCUUUCUCAAUCACUGGGAAUUUCUAGAAUAAUGAGUUGUUUUUCCAGUGGGAAGAAGUAUACAGAACUGAGGGUUGUCUGGGCCCCCUGGUGCUGGAAAAUCAACAUUUAUAGAAUAUUUUGGAAAAAUGCUUACUGAGAGAGGGCACAAAUUAUCUGUGCUGGCUGUGGACCCUUCUUCUUGUACUAGUGGUGGUUCACUUUUAGGUGAUAAAACCCGAAUGACUGAGUUAUCAAGAGAUAUGAAUGCAUACAUCAGGCCAUCUCCUACUAGAGGAACUUUAGGAGGCGUGACAAGGACCACAAAUGAAGCUAUUCUGUUGUGUGAAGGAGCAGGAUAUGACAUAAUUCUUAUCGAAACCGUAGGUGUGGGUCAGUCGGAGUUUGCUGUUGCUGACAUGGUUGACAUGUUUGUUUUACUACUGCCACCAGCAGGAGGAGAUGAGCUGCAGGGUAUCAAAAGGGGUAUAAUCGAGAUGGCAGAUCUGGUAGCUGUAACUAAAUCUGAUGGAGACUUGAUUGUACCAGCUCGAAGGAUACAAGCGGAGUAUGUGAGUGCACUGAAAUUACUCCGCAAACGUUCACAAGUCUGGAAACCAAAGGUAAUUCGUAUUUCUGCCAGAAGUGGAGAGGGGAUCUCUGAAAUGUGGGAUAAAAUGAAAGAUUUCCAGAACCUAAUGCUUGCCAGUGGGGAACUGACUGCCAAACGACGGAAGCAACAGAAAGUUUGGAUGUGGAAUCUCAUUCAGGAAAGUGUGUUAGAGCAUUUCAGGACCCAUCCCACAGUCCGGGAACAGAUUCCACUUCUGGAACAAAAGGUUCUCACUGGGGCCCUGUCCCCAGGACUGGCAGCAGACUUCUUGUUAAAAGCUUUUAAAAGUGGAGAUUAUUAAAAUUCAUCCUGUAUAAUAAUUUUACAUAUCGUUUCAUAAAGUAUUUUAAUAGAAAAAUCACUUGUAUGCUUAUAUUUUCAGUAAUCAUUGCAUGGUGCUCUUGUCUUCUUUCUUUGUGACCCAUGCUUGAAAACUUGAAGGAAGUUAGAUAUGAAUGGCAAAAGUUAGGCAGUAUUUAUAAGGUACCUGUUGUAUGUUACUGAUUUCUGUUUCAUUCUCUUCUUAUACCCUGGCAUGGUGGCCUGUAGGGUAGUUUCUUCUUAUUAGUCAAGAACAGAAAAAGCUAAGGAGAGCAGAAAAUAUCUUGUACUUUAAAAUGCUUACUUUGAUUCCAUAUUAUCUGAAUUUCCAGAGAACAUGUAAACAAGAGUGACUAUAUUUUUAGAGUCUUUCUUGAAGCCAGAACGACACACAGUGGGUUGCUAAGAGCCGAAAAUCAUAAUUGACAUUUAGUGUACCAGAUUAUUCUAAGAAUUUCUGAAGUCACCAUGUACAUGAGUAAUGAAACAACUGGAAUAAUGUGAUGAUGUGAACACAGUUUUAAAGUCUGCUUGUCUGGAUUUGCAGGGAGCCUUCCCCCACCCCCCGACACGAUAGGUAAGAGAGCAAAAGGAAACUGGGAAAAUCAGCUACAGAUAAAAUGGGUAAUUAAUCCCCAGUUCUUGGACCCAUUAUAUUUGUAGCCAAUUGGAGUAAACCCCUAAAAGACGAAGUGAGGUCAGAAUGAUUCAAGGAUUAUUCAGUUUGAAGACUACCAAAGGCUUUUGCUUCUCUUCUUCCUUGGCCAUUUCACUUCAUUUUAGUAUUUUAAAAAUCUUUUUUCUUGAUGGUGAAUAAGUUUUGUCCUAUGGAGGAAGCAUAGCACAGUGAUUAAGAGCUUGGGCUCUGUAGUUGGACUAUGUGGGUUUAAACUUUAACCCAGAUCAAUCAUAUAUUAGCUAUAUGAGCUAAUCUCUUUAAGCUUCCGUUUCCUCCCUGGUAAAAUGAAAUUGGUGAAGAACUUUCUAAGGUUAGUGAAGAUUAAAUGAAAUAACGUGGGAGAAUUAUUUAACUGUCAUGAUAGUGUAUAGGAAAUACUCAAAGGCUGCUUACUAGCAUUAUUACAUUAAAGUUGUGGGUACCUGAAACUGUACAAACCUGAUGUAUAAUUUCUGUUUUCUCUCAUGGUCUUGUUACUACCAUCAUGCUCUUGAUAUUUUAGGAUAUUUUAUGAUUAUCUUUGAAGAACCCUUUCUGGUUAAUUCUUUGAAUAUAUUUUAUACUUAUUUGAUGGUAGUUGUAACUAUGUAUGUUUGAAUAAAAUUUCUAACCAUAAAAUUUCUCCAUUGCACAAAAAGCCUUUAUAGAAGUUUCUGACAUGUUCUAUUCUGAACCCUGUAGAAUAUUUUAUGUAGUAAUAGCAGCUUGCAUUAUUACUUACUGUACUGGUUCCUAUGUGGAAUCAAAUCUCUUGAGCAUUAUUUUAACAAACAUCCCUUUACAUUUUUUGGAAAGAUUUUUAGUACUCCAUUGGCAUAGCUAUUUCAUAAAAGGUUUAGGAGAAACUUUGAAAGGUUGUCCAGUUUACUUUUCUGAUUUUAGAAAGGACCACCAUGAAACUACCCUAUCAGACAAAAAACUGGUUUUCAGAAACCUGAGAUAAGGAAUUUUAUAAUUUCCCUGAGUAAGCUGUUACAGGGAAUAACAAAUCUAUUGCCAUAUGUGGCACAGUGUAAGUAAUGCUGGAGCACACAUACUGCAUUGUAAAGAAGGUAGGAAAGGUGGGGGGACUUCUGUUAGCUUUAAUUUUAAGGCUAAAGCAUUUCUUCUCGGUUUGAACUACUUUUAAAUGUUAUAAAUGUCAUCAUAAAAAUCAUUAGAAAACUCAC